AUGAGCGUUCUGCGCGAUAAGAACACGCAGACGCGGGAGUAUAGAACGUACGCGCAGAGGGUCCACACCAUUUUGGUGGAGGAGGGUGUAUGCGAACUUCCUGGCAAGGAAAUCGAUGUCGAGACGCCUUGUGGGGUUUUUAAGGGGAUUGAAUAUCCGAAGAAUAUUUGUGCCGUGUCGAUUAUGCGUUCGGGUGACUCUCUUCUCCAGGCUUUCACUGAUCUCUAUCCGGACGCUCCAAUCGGGAAGGUUUUGAUUCAGCGCGAUGAAAGCAGUCCUACAAAGGAAGCUCGCUUUUACUACAGCAAGCUUCCGAAGGAUAUUUCGAACAUGUAUGUUUUCAUCUGCGAUCCGAUGCUUGCAACGGGCGGCAGCAUUUGCGAGGCGAUCCAUCUCUUGAAGGAACAGCAGGUCCCUGAAGAUCACAUCGUGUUUUUGAACGUGGUUUCUGCGCCUGAGGGAAUUGAUCGGGUUUUUGCAGAGUAUCCGGAGGUUCGUGUGGUGACGUGCGCAGUGGACGAGCGGCUGAACGACGACAAGUAUAUUGUGCCAGUGGGAGUGGGAGAGAGAGAAUGA